ACUUUAGGGAAUAAUCUCCUCUGGUGAUCACAUUUUGCAAACGGGGACAUGUGAUCUAAAAAAAUAUGAAUGCACUUCUGAAGCAGUUGACAUUUUUGAAUCUUUUGCUGUGUCCCUGGCUCUGAUAAGUGUUUUGUGUGUGCUAUCACAUUUGUUCCACUCAGUGUCCCUACCAAGUAAGUACUGUUAGGCAUCUGUCUUACAGCUGAGAAACUAAGGCUCAGAGCAGUCUGUUGUUACAUGGCUCGUGAGUAGCUGAAGCAGGAUUUGAACUCAGAGUCUAAAGUGUUAACACUCUAACCCACGCCCCUCUUAGAGCAGAAUAUUUUAUAUCCAAGCUAUCCCCAGAGAUCUAGGUUGGAAAGAGUUCUAUUUUAUCUUAAGUGACUUCUUUUCUUUGUGUUCAGUUAUCAACUUCUCAGGGAAUCCUAUAAGGCAUAAAGAAUUACUUCUGGGGCCUCACUGGUUGUGCAAGGGGUUGAGCACAGCACUAUGAGGCUAUCCAUGGGUUAGAUCCCAGGUGGGCCAUGGAGCUGACCCACAUGGCACAGCAGACCUCUCCUGUCUCACUUCCUGCUCCCCUCAGCAGUGUGUUUCGGUCAGUCUGCCUUUUCUGUUCCUCGCUAUGUCUCUGGUGGGUCCUCUCGCCCCCUCCCCCGCACCUCUGGCCUAUACCCCAGUUCUUGUAUCCAUAAAUAAAUAAAGCUUGGGGGGAAAAAAAAAAGAGUUACUUCUGAUGGAGGGAGACUUAGAAAAGCUCCCAGUGGAGGAGAAGCCUCACUAACUUAGUCCUAUAUUUUGAGAUGAAGGGAGAGACGGAAAAGGUAUUUUGAGCAACUUCUCAUAGAACACAGCUACCACAUUCAAUCCACAUUCUGGUGGGUUUGUGAAAUCUAUUGACUGGGCAGGGGAAGUGGACUUUUGAGGACCUAGGAAGAGAGAGCAAGCCUAGGCUUGGCUAGCAUGGCUCCAUGACCUGGUGGAGAGAGAGGUCAUUCAUGUCACCAACUUAAUCCACUUGGUGCAACCUGGCCCACAGUAGGGCUUCUAGAAUCUCAAGCUCUAACAUAGUAGGUCUUAGUCCUAAGCAGGCUGGAUAAGACAGUUCUGUGUGAGUCAAAUUCUGUAAUAGUAGUAGAGCUAUCACUUACUGAUGGCCUACUUAUUAUGCUAAGUGCUUCUUUACGAAUUAACUAAUUUCUCAUAAUAUCACUAAGAGGUGAGGGAUUCUGAUCCCAAUUUUCCUGAUGAGAAACUAAGGUAUGAAGAGAUUAAAUCACAUUCCCAGGGUCAGCCAGCCAGCAAUUAACUUAGUUUUGUUCCUUUGUUCUUAAAGUUUCUCUUCUUUCUGCCUCAUCAUUUGGGAGGACAACUGGUAGGAAUUUCUUUUCUGUGUGUAAAAAUAGCAAGAGAGGGCUGAACUUCCUGUGGCCAGUAUCAUUGUCCCCUUUGAGGGUGUCCCCUUUGAAAGGGCCUUCUAGAAGAAGACCAGGUAGAUCUUCAAUCAGGUAAGGCUGGCCUCUAGGGUUAGGGACAGACAUGAGUAGUCUUGGCAGGUCAGUAUCAUGGUGAGUGAAAGAACUCCCAUAGAAGCAGGGAAAGACCUUAACCUGGAUAGAACUAAGAAGCUGCCUUAAAAAUGAAGAUUCCUCUUUUCUUGACUACAGGUCAGGUAGGAAGUUACUGCUUUUCCUUUCUGAUAUUUUGAGCCUUUUUUUUUGUUUUGUUUUGUUUUGUUUUGUUGUUGUUGUUUUGACCUAAAUUCUUUCAAGACUCUGGAGGGAAGCAUCAGUCACUCAUUGAUUAAUUUUAUAAACUUAUAUUGAUCCUCGGCUACCUACCAAGCAUUGAACUGCAGACUAUGAAUACAAAGCUUUCUACCACACAAUUCCAACUGCCAAGAAGAUCAUGGUCUUGUAAAUAAACAGCAAUCCCACCGUUGGUUCAAUGCUACCCUACAAAGGGGCACUAAGGGCCUCUGGGGCACCAAGCAGAGGCUUUUGAUUCAGCAGGGCUGCCUGGAGCCAGGUGGGCAGCAUCAGGAAGGAGUUCACUUCCUGGCCUCCUUCUCCUCCAGCCAUUCACCCUUUUGGGUAUUGGUUCUGAGGUUUCCUCUGCAAGUUCUGUCCUCUCAAACAGUGGCCGUCUCUAGACACCCAGUUCUCUCCAGUUUCCAUGCAUUUGCUUGGAUGAGCUUGGAUCCAUUCACACAUGGCUCCUUGCUGCCCCCUCCUCAGUGAUGUCCAUUUUGCUUGCUACACGGGCACCUCUUUCAGUGAGAGGCCCCUACCUAGUAGGCCUCCCGAGGAGCUCAAGUCAGUGGAUCAGUCCCCUGAUUGUCUUGGAUGUAGUUUAAGGCUGUUUCCUCUAGCUUUUCCUCAUUCAAUAGGGCCUAUAGCCUCGCCAUAGGCCUACUUGCCACCAGUAGGCAGGAGGAAAGAGUUACAUGUUCAACGAAAAAUAUCCUUCAGUUAUAGGAGUGAGGCUCCUCCCUCUCCUGUUACAAUCUCCUCCACCCUGGGCUAGCCAUCCUAGCCCAGCACUCAAGGGGGACUGCUUGUUUAUCUUUGGUUCUACUUGAAAAAAUUGUGUGUGGCCAUGUGUAGUCACUGUUCACUUUGACGUCCAGGUGACAGGUGUGGCUUCCCUCCAGCUGCGCAUUUUAUGGGUUGCUGGAGAGCUGGAACCUGGGCAUGCUUCAUUGUCACCUGGGAAACUUACUGCAAGUCCUGGGUUCUAAGAUGACAUUGAGGGAGGAAUGCUGAUCUGAAGGCCAGAAUGGGGCUGCCAUCUUGAUUCUCCCACUUACCCUAUGACCUUGGUGACCUUACCUGUUCAAGGGACACUCCCAUGACUAGUCAGAGUUAUUGUGAUAAUUAAGUAAGAACGUAUGCAAAGGUAGUUUGUCAGGUGUAAAGAGAAGCUGAAACAUGGAAUGAUUUAUUAUUAGAAGCCCUAUUCUUUUGGGGGCAACACAACACGGAGGCACUGGUUAAAGGGCUGGGACUCCAGUCUGUCCCUACUUCCCACCUGACCUGAAUGCAAGGUAAUAGGUCAUUAGCCUUAGUAGUAACCAGGGAGGUCCAUAAACUCACUGUGUAUUGCUAACUGAGAAGACAUAGAGGAGAGGAACCAGUUUUGUAAAUUCCCUUUUUUUGACCUCAGGGUUUUGGAAUUUUUUAUAAUAGCUAUAUCAUGUAUGGGAGGCGGUAUAAUGGAGUAAUUAAGAGCAGAGACACAGGGCUGGGCGUGAAGGCUGGCCUCACCCCUUAGUACCAGUGUAACCUACUGACAGACUACACCUCUCUAUGUGUAGGUGAUAAUAACAGUGCCGCCUCCCAGAGUUGUGGGGAGCAUUCAGUGACUCUGAAAAGGGAUUAGAACGAUGCUUGGUGAUCACUGCAAAGUACUCACAAAAGGUUGGUUGUAUUAAUAUCAGGAAGCUUUUGCUGUGGCCCAGCCCUGUGAUAAGCAGUUUAUGUGCAAUGUUUAAGUUAAUCUUUACAAACCCUCUGCAGUCAGACUUUAUGACCCCCAUAUAUUUUUUAAGAUCUCUUUUUAUUUAUGUAUACAAGAACUGGGGCCAGAGUAGAACUGGUGUAGGCCAGAGUUGCAGGAGGGUGAGAGGAUUCACCAGAGACAGAGUGGGGAACAGAACAGGCAGAUCCACUGAAAUACACUGCUGAGGGGAGCAGCGGGUGAGACAGGAGGGGUCUGCUGCACCAUGUGGGUCAGCUCCCCGGCCAGGGAUCAAACUCAUGCUGCAGUGGCUGGUGAUAGCUUGAUAGCACUGACUUUAAACCUGUGCCACGAGGGAGGUCCCUUUGAUCCCCAUUUUAUGGAGGAGGAAACUGAGGCUCAGAGACAUUUAACUAACUUGCUCAGUUUUGUCGCGUUAGUUAGGAGAACCGGGGUUCAAACUCCAGGCUCUCUCACUCCAGAAUCUCUGUUCUCUGCUUCCAUGUCAACUGCUUCACCAGAUGGAAGCGUCCUUUCUUUCCUUCAAAAGGAAACAGUGAGAAAUUGGUAAAUGGCUGAGAUUUUGGUUAGCCACUCACAAAGGCCCUAUGAGCACAUGUGCUUCCAAAGCUGGUGACUUGAUGACCAGCGGUAGCGAACAUUUUGGGGAAAGAUCUUUUCUUUGUUAAAUUGCCUACGUUGGCGGGCAGAGGGCCCCUAGAGGCAGAGGGGGCUUGCCAAGGGACUGGCAAAUUGCUUUCAAGGCCAGAAGCACGGCCGAGUGUUCUAGCUUCACUUCUUAAAAUGACAACUGCGUUUUGCCACCCACCGUCAUUCGUCUCCUUUCUUCGCUCGCCAUUCUUUUAGUUAAAAAGGGUUAAAAGCUGCCCUUUAUGAUCACAGCCAGGACUUGAGUGAAAAGGCAGAAUUCCACCUCGGAGGCUCCCGGAGGGGCAGCUGGCUUUUGGGGGGGAUAGAAUGUGUGUGUAUUUGUGGAAUGAAUGCCCAAGCUGGGAGCUUGCCUGACCUUGAGAGGCUGCUGUGCCUCUGACCUGCAGGAAGUCCUGACUUUCCAGCAGCCUGCCACUAGCUGGAUGCCCACCCGAUGGAAUGCUUUGUUCCUGAAAUCUGCUGGAGGAAAUCAGGACUUCUGCUAUCACUCAGCCCAAGGUGGGCGGAGAGGCCUGGCCAGCAGCCCUGACUGUGCCUGUGGUCGGAGCCACUUCACGUGUGCGGUGAGUGCCCUCGGCGAGUGCACCUGCAUCCCCGCCCAGUGGCAGUGCGACGGGGACAAUGACUGCGGGGACCACAGCGACGAGGAUGGAUGUAUGCUGCCUACCUGCUCCCCACUGGACUUUCACUGUGACAAUGGCAAGUGCAUCCGCCGCUCCUGGGUGUGCGACGGGGACAACGACUGUGAGGACGACUCGGAUGAGCAGGACUGUCCCCCCCGGGAAUGUGAGGAGGACGAGUUCCCCUGCCAGAAUGGCUACUGCAUCCGGAGCCUGUGGCACUGUGAUGGUGACAAUGACUGCGGUGACAACAGCGACGAGCAGUGUGACAUGCGCAAGUGCUCGGACAAGGAAUUCCGCUGCAGUGACGGGAGCUGCAUUGCUGAGCACUGGUACUGCGAUGGUGACACCGACUGCAAAGACGGCUCCGACGAGGAAAGCUGUCCUUCAGCAGUGCCAGCGCCCCCCUGCAACCUGGAGGAGUUCCAGUGUGCCUACGGCCGCUGCAUCCUCGACAUCUACCACUGUGACGGAGACGAUGACUGUGGAGACUGGUCGGACGAGUCUGACUGCUCCUCCCACCAGCCCUGCCGCUCUGGGGAGUUCAUGUGCGACAGUGGCCUGUGCAUCAAUGCAGGCUGGCGCUGCGAUGGUGACGCAGACUGUGAUGACCAAUCCGAUGAACGCAACUGUACCACCUCAAUGUGUACGGCGGAGCAGUUCCGCUGUCGGUCUGGCCGCUGCGUCCGCCUGUCCUGGCGCUGUGAUGGGGAGGACGACUGUGCAGACAACAGCGAUGAAGAGAACUGUGAGAACACAGGAAGCCCGCAGUGUGCCUCAGACCAGUUCUUGUGUUGGAACGGGCGCUGCAUAGGGCAGAGGAAGCUGUGCAACGGGGUUGAUGACUGCGGGGACAACAGCGAUGAGAGCCCGCAGCAGCACUGCCGGCCCCGGACGGGUGAGGAGAACUGCAAUGUUAACAACGGCGGCUGUGCCCAGAAGUGCCAGAUGGUGCGGGGGGCAGUGCAAUGUACCUGCCACACGGGCUACCGGCUCACCGAGGACGGGCGCAUGUGCCAGGAUGUGAACGAAUGUGCCGAGGAGGGGUACUGCAGCCAGGGCUGCAGCAACAGUGAAGGAGCCUUCCAGUGCUGGUGUGAAGCAGGCUACGAGCUCCGGCCUGACCGGCGCAGCUGCAAAGCUCUGGGGCCAGAGCCUGUGCUGCUGUUCGCCAACCGCAUCGACAUCCGGCAGGUGCUGCCGCACCGCUCCGAGUAUACGUUGCUGCUCAACAACCUGGAGAACGCCAUCGCCCUCGACUUCCACCACCGGCACGAGCUCGUCUUCUGGUCCGACGUCACCCUGGACAGGAUUCUCCGGGCCAACCUCAAUGGCAGCAACGUGGAGGAGGUGGUGUCGACGGGGCUGGAGAGCCCAGGUGGCCUGGCUGUAGACUGGGUUCAUGACAAACUCUACUGGACUGACUCGGGGACGUCAAGGAUCGAGGUGGCCAACCUCGACGGGGCCCACCGGAAGGUGCUGUUGUGGCAGAACCUGGAGAAGCCCCGUGCCAUUGCAUUACACCCCAUGGAAGGUACCAUAUACUGGACAGACUGGGGCAACACCCCCCGCAUCGAGGCUUCCAGCAUGGAUGGCUCUGGGCGCCGUAUCAUUGCUGACACCCAUCUCUUCUGGCCCAAUGGCCUCACCAUUGACUACGCCGGACGCCGCAUGUACUGGGUGGAUGCUAAGCAUCACGUCAUCGAAAGGGCCAACCUGGACGGGAGUCACCGCAAGGCUGUCAUUAGCCAGGGCCUCCCACAUCCCUUUGCCAUCACGGUGUUUGAAGACAGCCUGUACUGGACAGACUGGCACACCAAAAGCAUCAACAGCGCCAACAAAUUUACUGGCAAGAACCAAGAAAUCAUUCGCAACAAACUCCACUUCCCUAUGGACAUCCACACCUUGCAUCCCCAGCGCCAGCCUGCAGGGAAAAACCGCUGUGGGGACAACAACGGAGGCUGCACCCACCUGUGUCUUCCCAGUGGCCAGAACUACACCUGUGCCUGCCCCACUGGCUUCCGCAAGAUCAGCAGCCACGCCUGUGCCCAGAGUCUUGACAAGUUCCUGCUUUUUGCCCGAAGGAUGGACAUCCGUCGGAUCAGCUUCGACACAGAGGACCUGUCCGACGAUGUCAUCCCACUGGCUGACGUGCGCAGUGCUGUGGCCCUUGACUGGGACUCCCGGGAUGACCACGUGUACUGGACGGAUGUCAGCACUGACACCAUCAGUAGGGCCAAGUGGGAUGGAACAGGACAGGAGGUGGUAGUGGAUACCAGUUUGGAGAGCCCAGCAGGCCUGGCCAUUGAUUGGGUCACCAACAAGCUGUACUGGACAGAUGCGGGGACAGACCGGAUUGAAGUGGCAAACACAGAUGGCAGCAUGAGGACAGUCCUCAUUUGGGAAAACCUUGACCGUCCCCGGGACAUCGUAGUGGAACCCAUGGGCGGGUACAUGUAUUGGACUGACUGGGGUGCCAGCCCCAAGAUUGAACGAGCAGGCAUGGAUGCCUCGGGUCGCCAGGUCAUCAUCUCCUCUAAUCUGACCUGGCCUAAUGGGUUAGCCAUCGACUACGGGUCCCAGCGGCUGUACUGGGCUGAUGCUGGCAUGAAGACCAUUGAAUUUGCUGGACUGGAUGGCAGCAAGAGGAAGGUGCUGAUCGGAAGCCAGCUCCCCCACCCGUUUGGGCUGACCCUCUACGGUGAGCGCAUCUAUUGGACUGACUGGCAGACCAAGAGCAUCCAGAGUGCCGACCGACUUACGGGGCUGGAUCGAGAGACCCUGCAGGAGAACUUGGAGAACCUCAUGGACAUCCACGUCUUCCACCGCCGGCGGCCCCCUGUGUCCACGCCAUGUGCUAUGGGGAACGGCGGCUGCAGCCACCUGUGUCUUCGGUCCCCAUCUCCAAGCAGCUUCAGCUGUACCUGUCCCACGGGCAUCAACCUGAUGCCUGAUGGCAAGACCUGUUCACCAGGCAUGAACAGUUUCCUCAUCUUCGCCAGGAGGAUAGACAUACGCAUGGUCUCCUUAGACAUCCCUUACUUUGCCGAUGUGGUGGUACCGGUCAACAUCACCAUGAAGAACACCAUUGCCAUCGGAGUGGACCCCCAGGAAGGAAAAGUAUACUGGUCGGACAGCACGCUGCACAGGAUCAGCCGUGCCAAUCUGGAUGGCUCGCUGCACGAGGACAUCAUCACCACAGGGCUGCAGACCACAGAUGGACUCGCAGUGGAUGCCAUUGGCCGCAAAGUAUACUGGACAGACACAGGCACCAACCGGAUUGAAGUGGGCAACCUGGACGGGUCCAUGCGGAAAGUGCUGGUGUGGCAGAACCUUGACAGCCCCCGGGCCAUUGUCCUGUACCACGAGAUGGGGUUCAUGUACUGGACAGACUGGGGGGAGAACGCCAAGUUGGAACGGUCGGGAAUGGAUGGCUCGGACCGGACCGUGCUCAUCAACAACAACCUUGGGUGGCCCAAUGGACUGACUGUAGACAAGGCCAGCGCCCAGCUGCUCUGGGCUGAUGCCCACACAGAGCGCAUCGAGGCUGCAGACCUGAAUGGUGCCCAUCGGCACACGCUGGUGUCACCCGUGCAACACCCUUACGGCCUCACCCUGCUCGACUCCUAUAUCUACUGGACUGACUGGCAGACACGCAGCAUCCAUCGCGCUGACAAGGGUACUGGCAGCAAUGUCAUCCUGGUGAGGUCCAACCUACCAGGCCUCAUGGACAUCCAGGCUGUGGACCGGACACAGCCACUGGGUUUUAACAAAUGCGGCCUGAGGAACGGCGGCUGCUCCCACCUCUGCUUGCCUCGGCCCUCUGGCUUCUCCUGUGCCUGCCCUACUGGCAUCCAGCUGAAGGGCGAUGGGAAGACCUGCGAUCCCUCUCCUGAGAUCUACCUGCUCUUCUCCAGCCGUGGCUCUAUCCGGAGGAUCUCUCUGGACACCAGCGACCACACGGACGUGCACAUCCCUGUCCCCGAGCUCAACAACGUCAUCUCCCUGGACUACGACAGUGUGGAAGGGAAGGUUUAUUACACAGAUGUGUUCCUGGAUGUUAUCAGGCGAGCAGAUCUGAAUGGGAGCAACAUGGAGACAGUGAUCGGCCGUGGGCUAAAGACCACCGAUGGGCUGGCAGUGGACUGGGUGGCCAGGAAUCUCUAUUGGACAGACACGGGCCGAAAUACCAUUGAAGCAUCGAGGCUAGAUGGUUCUUGUCGCAAAGUGCUGAUCAACAACAGCCUGGAUGAGCCUCGGGCCAUUGCUGUCUUCCCCAGGAAGGGAUACCUCUUCUGGACAGACUGGGGCCACAUCGCCAAGAUUGAGCGGGCGAAUUUGGAUGGCUCAGAGCGGAAGGUCCUCAUUAACACAGACCUGGGCUGGCCCAAUGGCCUUACCCUGGACUACGACACCCGCAGGAUCUACUGGGUCGAUGCUCAUCUAGACCGGAUAGAGAGUGCUGAUCUCAACGGGAAGCUCCGGCAGAUCUUGGUCAGCCAUGUAUCCCACCCCUUUGCGCUCACUCAGCAAGACCGGUGGAUCUACUGGACAGACUGGCAGACCAAGUCAAUCCAGCGUGUUGACAAGUACUCAGGCCGGAACAAAGAGACAGUGUUGGCAAAUGUGGAAGGCCUCAUGGAUAUCAUUGUCGUCUCCCCUCAACGGCAGACAGGGACCAAUGCCUGUGGUGUGAACAAUGGUGGCUGCACCCACCUCUGCUUUGCCAGAGCCUCAGACUUUGUGUGUGCCUGUCCUGACGAGCCCGAUGACCAGCCCUGCUCCCUUGUACCUGGCAUGGUGCCUCCAGCUCCCAGGGCUACAAGCCAGAGUGAAAGGAUCCCCGUGCUACCCAACACACUGCCUACCACCCUGCGUUCUUCUACCACAAGGACCCACACAUCUCUGGAGGAUGUAGAAGGAAGAUGCUCUGAAAAGGAUGCCCAGCUGGGCCUCUGUGCACAUUCCAAUGAGGCCGUCCCUGCUGCUCCAGGGGAAGGACUUCAUGUCAGCUAUGUCAUCGGUGGACUCCUCAGUGUUCUGCUGAUUUUGGUGGUGAUCACAGCUUUGAUGCUGUACAGACACAAAAAAUCCAAGUUAACUGAUCCUGGCAUGGGGAACCUGACCUACAGUAACCCCUCCUACCGAACUUCCACUCAGGAAGUGAAAAUUGAAGCCAUCCCGAAACCAGCCAUGUACAAUCAACUAUGCUACAAGAAAGAGGCUGGACCCGACCACAACUACACCAAGGAGAAGAUGAAGGUCGUAGAGGGAAUCUGCCUCCUGUCUGGGGAUGACGCUGAGUGGGAUGACCUCAAGCAACUGCGCAGCUCCCGGGGGGGCCUGCUUCGGGAUCACGUGUGCAUGAAGACAGACACAGUGUCCAUCCAGGCCAGCUCUGGCUCCCUAGAUGACACGGAGACGGAGCAGCUCCUUCAGGAGGAGCAGUCUGAGUGCAGCAGCGUCCACACCGCCGCCACUCCUGAAAGACGGGGCUCUCUGCCAGACACAGGCUGGAAACACGAACGCAAGCUCUCCUCGGAGAGCCAGGUCUAAAAGCCUCUGUUCCCUUCCCUCCCUGCCUGUUCCUUCUCCUGUAUGGACUUCCGGUCCUUGUGCUCGCUUAUACGACAGGCCCCUUCCUGUGUGCUCGUCCCGUACCUCUUCCCACCCCAUCAGUGCUCCCGAGCCUUCCACGGGAGCUGUUUCCACUUGAGUCCAUAACUACCUGUGCACAAGAAAUGAUGGCGCAUCUGAGAAGGCAGACCUGGAUUUUACCACGAACCUUGCCUCUUGACUCCAUUUUGAGCCCCCCUGAAAUCAGGCUUGGUAACGAGCCGGCUUCAGUACAGGGCUCUAUCUCCCUGCUCUGGGGCCCUUAGCGCCUGCCCCGUAAGACCUGGUGACCCAAGACUGCACUCUUCCCCAUCAGAGCUGGCCUCUCAUGUCUCUGCGAGAACUUGCCCACCGGUGGCUGGGGCAGGGGGUCAUGGAUAAAGAGAUGAAGGAUAGAGGUGAGAGGAGGGGGGUGAGUCAGCCCAGCUGGCAUGGGCAUCGGGGAGACCUCCAGCCUCAAGUGUGUUGGUAAUAUGACAAAGCUUUUAGGGACAGCUGGGCCUGGGCAGUCCUGUCCGUUGCUGGCAGUGGACAUUGUUCUGGCCCUGAGUCACUGUUUUCUCAGGGGCAGAUACUGGUGAGAGCUGGAUGUGCCUCACACUGGUCUUCCUCCCGUGGGGAUGUCUGAAGGUGGUCUACCUUCAGAUGACUGGGGACCCCUCUCACAUGGCAGCUGGCUAAUGUGAACCCCUCCUGGUGUCACUGGUGGCCAGUAUCUUUUCUAAGUCUUAGACUCUAUGCAGCCAGCUUGUGAGCCAGUAGCUUGAGUUAAUAUGGGGGUCCCCAGGCUGAGUCUUUGCAAUGUCUAGGAAGCACUGCUCAGGCCAAAUCACCUGAACGUUAAUGUCCUGUCAGUCUCUUCCUCCUUGUUCUCCGGGAUUCUGAGUGCAGAGAUCCUGAAACAGCCUUUCAAAGAAGGGCCAGACUUGGAAGAAGAGCAAUAAAGACUUGAGGCUCCCAGGGCCUGAAGGAAGUAUCAUGAGGUUGAACCUGUGUUCUCUCUCAGGUGCUCAGGGAUCUGAUGGACAGAGAGUGGCUCUGGGGGUGAAGAGCCCAUUCCCAUGCUCUUCCCAGCCAAGUGACUUCCUUUCUACCUGGAGAUGCUUCACUUGGCUCAUGCUCAGUCAUACAAAGGGCACGUGUCUCUUGCUAGGAUCAGGGCGUCGGGACUGUGUUCUGUCCUAAAACUUCUACUUAGCUCUUCACCUUUUUUUGGCUCCUAAUUUGCUUUUUCUGACCUAACCUGGUGGCACCUGUAGUAGACCAGGAGCAUGGGAGAGUGCAGCACUGAUGACACCCUUCCAGCACAGGGAGGUCUAGACAUGGUCUGUCAGGAAUUAGAAACUGCUGAGAAUGGAGGGGAGGCUUCUAGGGGGGAGUUUUCUAGUUUGAAACACCUUCUGUAUUAUUUGUAUGGUCAGUUGCCAACAUAUGAGUGAAAAAAGGAGGAAAAGAACCCCCUUUUCUGGUCUCUUCUGAGAAGGCUGGAGACAGGUGCCAAGCCCUCAGCCCUGUUCUCAGCAGCCAGCCCAGGUCUGCACCUCACAGUACAGCCGGGCCAAGAUGGCUCUUCCAGACACUGGGUGGGAAAGGGGAGGUGCCACUUCCAGGCAGAAAGGGAGACCUUUCAGAUUUGAGGGGGAAGUAGACCAAGGAGCACUUUGGGUACUGAGACUCAUGCUUGGAGAAGGGAGAACGUAACAAAGUGGCAUAUUCUUAUUGGGAAGGGGGAAGGAGCUUAUUGCACUUGGGCUAUUCAGAAUGUAGAAAGGACAUAUUUGAAGAAAUAUCUAUUUGAGCACUGAUUUACUAUGUAAAAAGCAAAACCUGUCUGUCCCAAACUAAUGGAAGUGAUUCUCCCGCGCUCAUGUGUAAUGGUUUUAACGUUACUCACUGGAGAGAUUGGACUUUCUGGAGUUAUUUAACCACUAUGUUCAGUAUUUUAGGACUUUAUGAUAAUUUAAUAUAAAUUUAGCUUUUCUUAAUGCCUGGCUUGGAGUCAUGACUGAUAACUGCACCUGCUCUGUCUGGCAGACCCAUGCUAUGGAAAACCUGCUUGCAGGUGUUUAGGGAAUGUGGGGAUGGUAAAGAGCAAUAAAAGGUGUAAGGCUGGAGAUUCAGCUCAUCUUGAGAAGAUAGGUCAAGCCCAGAGUUCACUGGCUUGUGAUAUCCUCUUUCCCUAGAAGCAGGCUGGCAGGCAAGCUUCAUCUUGUGUGCCGGCUCUGAUUGGCUGGUCAUGGCUGCCUGAGGCCCUGUCCAGACUCAAUGGGAAAAGUGUCCUGAUCAUUAGUGACAUCUUUGAGCUCCCAAAGGAAGUGCCGUGGCGUGCAUACCAGGUAUCUUCUAUUUCUGUUCUAGGUCUAAGAGGACUUCAGUGCCCUGAAGUCCUUUGCCUUGCAGUGAGGUCAUUGGCAAGCCAGUCUGAUGUAUUAAGAAAAGUACCGGAAGGGACAAGAAGGGCUAAUACCAGGCUCAGAUUUGCUGCUACCUCUGUUUCAUCUUAGUCGAGUCUGAGAAUGAGUCAAGACUUUGAGACAGCAAGCUGUCUCACUGUAGCUCAUUUGCUGCAUUUCAAGGCUAGAACAAGAAGUUGGAGAUCCCUUCUCAGGUUCUCUGGACAUGAUACAUCUGUGAAAUUUGGUAACCAUGUAUGUCUUGAUGCCAGAUAGAUACAGAAUUUUUAUGUCAAGGCUCAAUAGUUGGUUUUCUAAACCACAACCAAUUAAUAGAAUAAUGCUGCCAUUUGUCCAUUCAUCUCUUAUUACAGGCCAGGCACUACCAAGCCUAACCAAGAAAGACAGAGUCUCACAGAGUUUAAAGUCUAGCAACAACCCCCCAUCAAAAGAGGAAAAAGAAAACAGACUGGCACCUCAUAUUUAAAUGACAAGAAAUCUGAGUAUAAAUGUAAACUACAGUUGUAUGAUUCCUCUAUCUUUGGUAAGGGAAUAGAUAUGCUAGAACAAAAACAAGUAAACCAUCUUGCCCUCAUUCCACCAUUCUCAUUUAAAAAUUCACAACAGAGAGUAAAGGACAUUUUAAGCAGUGACAUUCAGCCUAUAAAGCACAUGUCUCUAUACUACUCUCCCCUCCAACUUCCCCCCCUCCCACCCCUACCCGGGCCCUGCAAAGCCUCAGGGUUACAGGUCAGGCCUUGAAGUGCAACCACUAGAACUGGGAUCUCAGGAAGAACUUCCCAAGUGGGAAGAGAAACUGAAUGCAUGGACAUGUUUUCUUAGAAAUCUGGAGAUGUUUCUGGGAAAACAAAGAUUGGUGAAUGCAUUUUGCCACCUUGUGACCAAGUCAGCCAGUUUGAUCAGGCAUUCAACACUGCUGGAGCCUUUGGAAGUUCCAUUAACCUGUGGCUGUCCUGUCACUUUCACAGGAGAGAGAAGAGAAUGGGGCUGGCCCAUUCUUGACAAGAAUUUGACCAGUAGCAAGUGAGAAUUUAUACAGCGUCAAAGAUAGCACCCCCAUUUUCCAGUUAUAAAAAUGCAGACUUUUAGUUUCCUGGUCAGUUAAAUGAAAAAUUUGAACCAGGUGAUUGCUAAGGUAAUUUCUAGCCUGAAACAUAUUUACGUUUCUUCCAGGGAAGUCUUGGGAAUGAAACAACUUGAGAAUGCCUCAUCUGGUUCUCUAAAUAUAAAACCUGAAACUGUUUAAGUGGGGAGAUGUGGGUCAAAUUCUAACAAGCUGGACAUAUUUCUUCAAACUACUAAUUAUGUUCAAAAUGGUAGUCCCCGCCCUUCUGCCCUUCUGUGUUGUAUGCACAAACUGAAGCCUAAAAUGAGAUCUCAGGGCCCAUAGAGAGAUCUCCCUGGCCUGAGUUGAAGCUCUCACCAAACGUAGGCUAGGAGAAAACAAAGUCAGUGCCAUCUAGGAAAUUAGGAAAAGCACCCACAAGCGCUGAGGGUGCACAAGGUUCUAAUGUCAAGAAUGCUCUGACUUUCAAGGACAUCCUGUCAGCCUUUGUUAUUUCCACUUAUGGACAUAAUGAUAAAAGAAGUGUGGCUGAGCCCUCUCUGUGGCUAAGAAACCAUCUAUGUCUUUUCUUCGCAUGAAGAUGACUCAACUGAUUCACAUAAUAGGAUGUAUGUUUGGGGAUGUUUCAGGCAACCUUUGUUUUGAAACAUUCCCACACUCAUUUAUUUUCUCUCCAGAAUCAUCUCCCAUUAAGCAGCUGGCAGAGGCUAAGCCAAGCUCAGCAUAGGGAACAGAGUAUUAUUUCCAGUCAAGGCUCCAACUUACAACUUUGAAUUCCUUAACAUGAUGUUAAAACAGAUCCAGACAGCCUAAUUAAGGGUCUGAGUUUAAACCCAAGACUGAAUGAAGUUAGCCCCAAGCUACACAAUCUGCUUAUUUAAUUUUAUAAGACACAUAGAGCCAAGAACUCUCAUCCUACCCUUGUCAGCUGGUUUCCCUCCAGCCCCCAAAAGCCUGCUUACGAGGUCCCUGUAUCUCCCUUAUACAUCCUUCCUCGUUGUUGGGGCUGAUAUUUCUGUGGUGAAAGUUCUCGGACCGCCUACAUUGGGAUGGUGGUGGGGGGAAGGCUAGGGAAACAGGCUAUGAAAAAAGGCUAUUCAUUCCUUCAUUCAACCAGUAAAUGCAACCAAGUGCAAGCUUUGUAGUUUUGAAGGCCAGUCGAAGCACUAACCCCUACAGCCAUUUGAGAUCUGUAGUAAUGUCACCCCAGCUACCUCCUGGGAAUAGUACAGAGGGCCCCUGGAAUGAAAGUUGAAAGAAAGUUCAUCAUCGAAGCUGCUCCCCUUAGGUUGAAAAUAUGGAUCCAAGUUUCCUGGUAGGGGUAUUUCAACCAGAAUGCAGCUUGUGAUUAUGAUGGAAUAAAUUCUGUCCCAACCCUAGGCGGCUUUUCAGAAACACCCAACAGUUAUUCAGCAGCCACAAUGUUUGGCAUUUGUGCCCGGCUUCCAGCUGCAAUAAUACAGUAUUCACUUUGAUUUCCAAUGCCCACAAGGGUUUCACUGCGCUCUUAACACCCUCCUUACAUAAAACUAUCAAGAGGCCCCUGGUAUAAAGCAAGCACACAUACCUGAAAAAUGCAUAGAUAAAUGCUAUUUGAUGAUAAUCCUGGACUCCAAAAGAUGGAGUCAAUAAAUAAACAUUUAUCGAACACCUACUAUGGGCAAGGUACUGCAUGAGGUUUCUACAAGGCCCUAUAGGAUCUGCCACUCCCCACCUCCAUUAUCUAUCAGACAUUCAUCCACUGCUUCUCUCCUACUGCUAAGUACUCUGCCAGCUCUUCUAAGUACUCUGCCAGUUGUGUUCCUAACUUAGGGUCUCUGAAGAGCUCUUCCCUCUGCUUAGUACUUUCUCUAGAUGUACUCAUGGCUAACUCCUUUGCCUUUUGCAAGUUUUUGCUCCAGUGUAAUCUCAAUAAAACCUACUCUGACCACCCUUUAUAAAAUUACAAUCUUUCUAACCCCAUCUUGCUAAUCCCUUUCACCCUGUUUUAUUUUUUUCUGUCCAUAGCAGAUAUUGUCUAAUAACAUACUAUAUAAUUUAUUUAUAUAUUGAUUGUCUAUGUUUCCUCACUAUAUUGUGAGCUGCAUGAGAGGAAGAACUUUUUUGUUGUUGUCUAUUUUGUUCACUGUCAUCUCAAGUGCCUAGAUCAGUCCCUACACAUACUAGGUGCUCAAUAAAUAUUUGCUGAUUGAAUGAGUGAACAAAUGAAUGGAACCAGACACCUAAGGCCCACAUUCUGCUACAACUGCACCUAAACCAUCUAAGACAAAAAGGGAUUUUGCCAUUUUGUUUUAAAACUCUCUAGGACUCAGACUCCACACGUCCUUUACUGAACAAAUUUCAGGUUACCAUUACCCUCUCCUUAAAUGUAAUCUACAGUUUAUUUCUGGUAAUAUUUAAAUAAAGUAAAUAUGUCAAUGACCAAUGACUGACGACUCUUUCUAUAUAUUCCUGGCCCAUUUCUCAAAGGUUAUUGUGAUCUUUUUUGCUCUGAU